AUGUUUUUCCGCGUCGCGUUUAUUUCAUGGCUCUUGGCGGUGCCACUGGUAUCAGCUUCCCCAGAAUGUCGUUGCUUCCCUGGCGAUGCAUGCUGGCCGUCUGAGAGCGUCUGGUCACAAUUCAAUCAGACUCUUGACGGCGCACUGGUGAAGACCGUACCUCUGGGCGUGCCCUGCCAUGCACCGCACUAUAAUAACGCAACAUGCGAGGUCCUGAGGGAGGGAUGGACAUAUCCCGAGGAACAUUAUGACUCUUCCUCCUCGAUUAUGGCCCCAUUUUUCGCCAAUGGCUCCUGUGACCCCUUCCACCCAGUGUCGAAGCCAUGCACGCUGGGCAACUAUGUGAGAUACAGCGUAAAUGUCUCCACUUCAACCCAGAUUUCCGAUGCCGUGAAAUUUGCGACCAAGCAUAAUAUUCGUGUGAUCAUUCGAAACACAGGCCACGACUACAAUGGUAAAUCCACUGGAGCGGGUGCUCUCGCAAUCUGGACACACCACCUCAAGGAUUUGGAACUCCACUCAUACUCCGAUGCGCACUACACCGGCGAAGCUAUCACCAUGGGUGCCGGUAUCCAAGGUUUCGAAGCAUAUGAGCUCGCCGAUGCCAAGGGUUUCCAGGUUGUUGGAGGUGAAUGUCCUACCGUCGGUCUGGCUGGUGGCUACACCCAAGGUGGUGGCCAUUCAGCUCUCGCCUCACGCUACGGUCUUGGUGCCGACCAAGUCCUGAAAUGGGAGGUAGUUGACGGCCAAGGAAACUUCAUUACAGCCACCCGAGACAACGAGUACUCCGAUAUCUUCUGGGCCCUCAGUGGUGGCGGCGGUGGUACCUAUGGCAUUGUUUAUUCUUUGACCUCCAAGGCCCACCCAGCCACUCCUGUCUCUGGGUUCAACCUGACGUACACCAACGCGAACAUCUCACAGGAUACCUUUUACAAGGGUGUUGAAAUUUUCCAUACGCACCUGACGACGCUCGUGGACAGCGGCGCCAUGAGUAUCUGGUACUACACCAACACCAGUUUCAUGAUUGCCCCGAUCACCGCGCCAAACAUCCCGGUUGCAAAGCUGGUGCAAAUGCUCAACCCUUUCAUGGAAAGUCUAGAAGAGCUUGGUAUUCAGUACACGAUGACUGCCAAUCAGUACGACACCUACUACAGUCAGUUCAAGGAUAUGCAGGGCACCAUCGAGGUCGGCACAGCACAAUACGGCGGCUGGUUGGUGCCGCGAUCUGUAGUCGAGGAUAACAACAAGGGACUAGUGGAAGCCUACCGCUGGAUUACCGAGCACGGCGGAACCUUCAUUGGCGUUGGCCUGAACGUCUCGAAGCAGGUCUCAGGAGACGUUUAUAACGCUGUCCUGCCUGCCUGGCGUGAGGCACUUAUUGACACCACCCUCACCACGCCAUGGGAGUGGGACAAGCCCGCUCUGAUGCUAGAGCGCCAGGACAAGAUGACCGACGAGUUUAUUCCACGACUGCGCGCGCUAUCCCCGGAAUCGGGUGCUUAUAUGAACGAGGGCGACUUCCGCCAGCCCGACUUCCAGGAGGUCUUCUACGGCAUCAACUACGACAGGUUGCGUCAGAUCAAGAACAAGUAUGACCCGAAUGGCAUCUUCUACGCCAAGACCGCUGUUGGAUCGGAGGCAUGGAGGGAGCGCGAGGAUGGCCGAUUGUGCCAGACUAGCGAGUGGAACUCUAGCUGGAUCGAGUUUGGCUCUGUAUACUAA